AUGGCGAACGGAACCGUGGCGUCAACUGUAACGAGUCCGGGAGCGUUUCAAUCGCUGGCCCGCAACAACAGCUACGUCAUCCCGGGCGUUUACGAUCUGAACGUCGAGGACACCAACUGGGUGCUGACGUCGUCGUUCAUUAUCUUCACCAUGCAAACCGGCUUCGGGAUGCUCGAGUCGGGCUGCGUUUCGGUGAAGAAUGAGGUGAACAUUAUGAUGAAAAACAUAAUCGACAUAGUGCUGGGAGGGUUUACCUACUGGCUCUUUGGGUACGCGAUGUCUUUCGGCCGCGGGGAAUUCAACAAUCCCUUCGUGGCUCUCGGCGACUUUCUGAUCGACCCCGGUGUGAGUGAUCCACUGUUUGGGCCGAUCUUUGCCGCGUUCCUGUUCCAGCUCUCGUUCUCCACGACGGCCACGACGAUCGUCAGUGGAGCGAUGGCUGAAAGGUGCAACUUCAAAGCGUACUGCAUUUUCUCGUUCUUCAACACAAUCGUGUACUGCAUACCGGCCGGCUGGGUGUGGGGCCCGCACGGAUUCCUGAAGAACCUCGGUGUGGUGGACAUUGCGGGCAGCGGUCCGGUGCAUUUGGUCGGCGGUGCAUCGGCAUUCGCGUCGGCCGCCAUGCUCGGGCCUCGGUUGGGUCGCUACGCGAAGGGAACGGAUCCGUUGCCGCUCGGGAGCCCGGUCAAUGCCUGCAUGGGUUUGUUCGUGUUGUGGUGGGGGUGGUUGGCCUUUAACUCCGGCAGUACUUACGGCGUGAGCGGUGCAAAGUGGGCGUAUGCGGCCCGGGCGGCCGUCAUGACGAUGAUGGGUUCCUUCGGCGGCGGAAGCUUCAGCAUAAUCUACUCGAUGUACAAUAACGAUGGCCGGAUGGAUGUGGUCGAUCUGAUCAACGGCAUCCUGGCAUCGCUGGUGUCGGUUACGGCCGGUUGUUAUCUGUAUCACGCAUGGGAAGCGAUCGUGAUCGGUGCGAUCGGUUCGGCACUCUGUUGCUUCGGUAUGCCACUGUUCGAUCGGAUGGGUGUGGAUGAUCCAGUCGGUGCCAGUUCCGUCCACGGAGUAGCAGGGAUAUGGGGAGUGCUGGCUGUUGGUCUGUUCGCCGAUAAUCCUCUCCGAAUGGAAACCACUUCCGGCCGGUCGGGGCUCUUCAAGGGUGGCGGCUGGUAUAUGCUCGGUGUGCAAUCGCUGUCGGCCCUCUGUCUGGCCUGCUGGAGUGUUUGCAGCACCUUCUUGCUUCUGUGGCUAAUCAACAAAGUGGUACCGAUCCGGAUGGACCCGAACGAGGAGCUACUGGGAGCCGACCUGAUGGAGCACCGUAUUCGCCACACGCAGAUCGGAAUCUCGCGUGCACUGUCGGCGCUGGCUCCGAUUCAAAUCGAUUUGGGUGACGUCAUCGAUGCACCACCGAUCGGACGCAAUCCAGGGCACGAACGGUGUGUCGAUCAGAUCGAAGCGGCAAGCCAGAAGUUACACCAGUGGAGGGUAGCACUGGAUAAGUUUGGUAACCAGGAGACGGAGGCAAAACAAAAACCGCCGAAAGAGGGCCGCCGAAGGGUCAAUAUUUUUGCCACAAGCGCCACAAAUGGGACGGAUAACCCGGCGUACGAUGGCGGAGGUGGAGGGCCUGUGACGGUUAGCGUGUUUGGCGGUGAGGAUCGCGUCAAGACAAGCAAAAAAGAGGCCAAAGAAACGAUCCCCCUUUCGGUUAUCGCUGGCCAGCUGAGCCAGUCUUCGCACGCGCCCGAUGGCACCGAGCGUAAUUUUGCGUGGAUCGAUUGA